AUGGAGGACCAUAACGACGGUAGUACAGCACAUGAUGGUAUGAAUGGCUCGAGCAAGAAGCGGACCCACCCAGACGACUUUAAGCGUGCGUACAAGGCUUGCAUCAACUGCCGCCAGCGCAAAGCCAAGUGCAUUCUUGGUCCUGGGCCUGAUGGCGGCGAAUUGAAGCCACCCUGCCAAAGAUGUAAGCGAGAGAUGCGAGAAUGCGUGUUUCGAUCCGAGCGAUCGUGGGUGAAGAGACGGAAACCUGGAGAGGCGAGAGACAAUGACCUGGACGAGCCGGUCGCCACCCAGUCACAUCCGGCUGCGACAGUUCAGCCAUCUCCACUUCAUAGGUCAUCAUUUUCUACACAUGGGAUGACACCUGGCCAAAGUCCUCAUAUCAAUGGUAGCCAGCGCUCCGAUACAUUCUCUCCAGGUCAUCUUCGCCGCAUAUCGACCUCGCAACCUGACCUGGCACAUUCGGUCAUGAGGACGGUUGUGUCUAGCGGCAGUGACGCCCUGAAUUUGCUCUUCGAAGCGGCCCAUCAUCGUGAUGCUAUGGAUAACCAGGAGCAAUCGGGUUCCCAAGCCUAUGAAACACCUAGAUCAGGUGCAACUGGCUACGAAAGGUGUUCCGUCAUCACCGUUUCACACCUUCAAGGCCCAGCCGAGUGCAAAUGUCAACGCCCUCCCCAGAAACGCUAA